AACGGCUACAGCCUGCACCCGCCUUACUUCAACCUGGCCGAGGGCACCAAGAUCUCGGCCACCGCGACCUGCGGCGAGGAAGACGCCGGCGCGAAGAGCCCCCCCCGCUCGGUGGAAGACUUGUAUUGCAAACUCGUGGGAGGGCCGGUCGCGGGAGGGGAGCCCAACCAGACCAUCCAGGGGCAGUAUUGUGACAUCUGUUCUUCAGCCAACAGCAACAAAGCCCACCCCAUCACUAAUGCUAUCGACGGGACCGAACGUUGGUGGCAGAGUCCUCCUCUGUCUCGCAGGCUGGAAUUCAACGAGGUCAAUGUCACCUUAGAUCUGGGACAGCUGUUCCAUGUGGCCUAUGUACUCAUCAAAUUUGCAAAUUCCCCUCGUCCAGACUUGUGGGUACUCGAGCGGUCAACUGAUUUUGGACUCACUUAUGACCCUUGGCAGUACUUUGCCUCUUCCAGGAGAGAUUGCAUAGAGAAAUUUGGCCUCAAGAGUUCAGAGAAGAUUACCAAAGAUGAUGAUGUCAUUUGUACCACUGAAUAUUCCCGCAUUGUGCCCUUGGAAAACGGGGAGAUUGUGGUUUCCUUGGUGAAUGGGCGUCCAGGAGCCAUGAAUUUCUCUUAUUCCCCUCUUCUGCGGAAUUUCACCAAAGCGACGAAUAUUCGCUUGCGCUUCUUGCGAACCAACACUCUCCUUGGACACCUGAUGGGGAAGGCCUUGAGGGAUCCUACUGUGACCAGGAGGUAUUACUACAGCAUCAAAGAUAUCAGCAUUGGAGGACGCUGUGUUUGCCACGGUCAUGCUGACGUCUGUGAUGCCAAGGACCCUGCAGAUCCUUAUAGGUUACAGUGUGACUGUCAACACAACACCUGUGGUGGGUCAUGUGAUCACUGUUGCCCAGGCUUCAACCAGUUGCCUUGGAAACCAGCCACUACUGACAGUGCCAACGAAUGUGAACCCUGUAAUUGCAAUGGCCAUGCCUACGAUUGUUAUUAUGACCCAGAGGUUGACCGUCUGAAGGCCAGCAAGAACCGUAAUGACCGUUUUGAAGGAGGUGGUGUCUGCAUUGACUGUCAGCAUCAUACAACAGGCGUUAACUGUGAGAGGUGCAGCCCAGGAUAUUAUAAAUCCCCAGAUCAUUCCAUAGAUUCACCUUAUAUUUGCUACCGCUGCAACUGUGACUCAGACUUUACCGAUGGCACUUGUGAGGACUUCACUGGCCGCUGCUACUGCAAGCCAAACUACUCGGGGGAACACUGUGAUGCUUGUGCAGACAAUUACGUGGACUUCCCACAUUGCUACUCCAUGUCUAUUUCAUCUUACAAUGCUACUGGAGAGCAAGUCCUCCCAGCUGGGCAGAUAAUAAACUGUGACUGCAAUGUUGCUGGAACAAGAGGGAACACCUGCAGGAAAGAUGCUCAAACUGGAUUGUGUUUGUGCAAACCUAACUUUCAAGGGACACAAUGUGAUCAGUGUGUAUCUGGCUACUAUGGACCAAGUUGCCAACCUUGCCAGUGCUCAGGCCCUGGAUUCUAUGAAGGCACGUGCGACAACGAGACUGGACAGUGCCUGUGUCGAACUGGGUUUGAAGGCUAUUUAUGCAAUCAAUGUGCUCCUGGCUAUUUCAACUACCCACUCUGUCAACUUUGUGGCUGCAGUGCUGUUGGGACCUUGCCCGAAGGCUGUGACGCUUCUGGGAAAUGCUACUGUAGGCCUGAAUAUGAUGGACUUCAUUGUGACCAGUGCAGUUUUGGAUAUCACUCCUACCCUCACUGCCAAGCUUGUUCUUGUGACCUUCGGGGCUCAGUAGACAGUACUUGCAAUCCCAUUGGUCAAUGCAACUGCCGUUCAAAUUAUGUUGGCCAAACAUGCAACCAGUGUGCCCCAGGCUUUUAUGGGUUUCCUUCUUGUACAGCUUGUCACUGUUCCAUAGAAGGCUCUCUUUAUGGCACCUGUGAUCAAGAAACAGGGCAGUGUAGUUGCCGUCCUGGAGUAAGUGGGCUGCGCUGUGACACCUGCAUUCCUGGGGCGUAUGGAUUCCCAGACUGUGAAGUGGGAUCUUGCAACCCUGCAGGGCUUGUACAUGAAGACCAUUCCCUGCCCAUGGGUUCCUGUGAAUGUCGGGCAUAUGUGGAAGGCUGCCAAUGCAAUACCAUGGGAACGAUGGCAGGUGUUGCUGAAUGCCAACAAGGCAACGGACACUGUUUCUGCAAGCCAAACAUUUGUGGCCAGAUGUGUUCUACUUGUAAAGAAGGAUACUUCAAUCUGGAGAGUGGUAAUUACUUUGGCUGUGAAGGAUGCCGCUGUGACAUCGGUGGAUCGGUUGGUCCUUUGUGUGAGGAGAAGACGGGAGCUUGUCAGUGCAGGCAGAAUACCAAGGGACCUACAUGCUCUGAACCAGCAGAAGGCUAUUAUGUCCCUGACCUUCACCACCUGAAAUAUGAGCUGGAAGAAGGGACCACAGUGGAUGGCAGGCCAGUUCGCUUUGGCUACAGUCCGUUGGAAUUUGAGGAUUUCAGUUGGAGAGGAUAUACACAAAUGUCUCCCAUCCAGAACAAAGUCAAGGUCGCAAUCCACGUACGAGAAGGAGAGCUCUAUCUCUUUCAUGUCAUCUUGAGAUACAUUAAUCCAGGAAGUGCCACGGUAUUUGGCAAAAUCACAGCUUCUCAGCCACGAAAACGAGGUACUGAACAGACUAAGCAGAUUGUGUUUGGGCCAACAAAAGAGCCAACGUUUGUCACUGUUCCUCAUCACAGCUUUGGAGAACCAUUUGUGCUGAGUCCUCAUGUUUGGUCUCUGAUCAUUGAAGCUGAAGGCGUCCUGCUGGAUUAUCUAGUCCUGCUACCCAGCUCAUAUUAUGAGGCUCCUAUAUUACAACUCAAAGUAUCAGAUCCUUGUACUUAUAGCCCAGCUCCUGAACAUGUGGGUCAAAAUUGCUAUAUAUAUAAGUAUGUGCCUGUGGAGCAGUUCCCCUUUGGGUCAGGGGAAGAUGCUUUGUGCAAGUUGGACAACAACUUACCAAGACCGUGUCCUAUACAGCAGAUCUUUCCUACGUACCCCAAAUUGGUGAUGUGCAAUGGUGCUCAUGUGGAAGUACAACUGUUAAUUUCUGUACCCCAGUCAGGGAGAUAUGUGCUUCUGAUGGAAUAUGCCAAUGAAGGUACUCCACAGACAAUUGACGUAUCUGUGAGGACACCACAGCUUGCCACUCAGCUGGGCACUCUCACAGCAUACACCUGCAAAUACAGUUUCCUUUGCCGUGGGAUAGUUUUAGAUUCUCUAAAUCGCUUGGCAGUGUUUGAACUUGUCACAGAGGCUACGGUUCAGCUCACUGCAGAUCAGGCCCGUUUCUUCCUGUACAAAGCGUACUUGAUCCCAUACGAACAAUUCACUGUGGAGUUUUUGGAGCCAAAGGUUCAUUGCAUCAGUGUUCAUGGAACAUUUUCACUGAACAGUAGUUCCUGUAUCCCAUCCAGAUAUCAGAAGAUUUCGCAAUCAGUUGUCCUGGAGGAAGGACAGUUACUACUCAUUGCUCCAGACUUCCCCCUAAUUCAUGCUUUUAGUAUCCCACCAGAAGGCAGUCCCCCAGCUUCUCCACCUCACCCUCCAACUUUGAUUGACUCCUCUGCAGAACUCAUUUUCUUAAGGGCUCCCCAGACAGCUGUUGUGUUAAGUGGCCAUAUUCAGAGUCCAGGACGCUACGCCUUCAUCCUGCACUGUUAUCAGCCCAGUCACCCAACUUUCCCUGUUGAAGUAUUGAUCAAUGGAGGACGGAUUUGGCAGGGACAAGCUAAUGCUACUUUCUGCCCACAUGGAUAUGGUUGCCGGAGUCUGGUGGUUGCAGAGAACCGAAUUGUUCUGGAUAUCACUGAUAAUGACCUGAGUGUAAUAAUCCGUGUGCCAGAGGACCAGCAUCUUUGGGUGGUAUGUUUCUAGCUUAAAAAUCCUUGUCCUAUCUUUGAAUGUUCAC